GGCACAAGCCGACCAAAGCCGGGAAGUUGGGCGAAGGGAGCAGCUCCUGCGGAGGUGGAGGCAGCCGCUGGCGCGGACCACGGCCCUCAGGUGUCCCCUCUGCCUUUUGCUCUGUAUUUGUUUUUCGGUCUCGCAAGAAGGCACACCCUGCACACCCUACCCGACUGUGGCCAAAACGCGACGCGGACUUUCGCUGGCGGCAGCUGCAGGAGGACCGACUGGGACCGACGCGGGAGUGAGAAGGCGGCGGCCUGAUCAGCGGAGGGCCCGGAACUCUGGCAGUGGCGGUGGAGCCUGGGACGGACAUGAACCCUCGGGGCCCGGAGAGGGACCGCUAGGUCUGACCCCAGAAGCGAGCGGCCAGGCACAGCCAUCUUGACUGCGGCCCGAAAGGAAACUUGCUGCGCGCCGCCCUCUGAGCCUUCGCUGCUGGGCGCCACGCGAAGUGGCUGGGCGUGCAGGAGGACCUGCGUGAGCUCUGGACGAUGAGCCCAGGGGCCACCACCUUGCUCUGGGAGGGCUGAGUGCGACCCGGAGGGCGUAGGACAGACCCUGUGGAACUCUGGCGCGCCUGCGGUCACCCUUGCCCCAGGAGAGGCACUGGGGGGAGGGCCGGACGACUUCUGCCUAGGCUUGCGACCCUGCUGCCACAAACGCUGCCCAGAAAGGGCUAGAUUGUUGGCAGAUUCUCGGCUCCUCAGGGAGAAGCAGCACAAGACCUGCUGGUCGCCUGCUUUCCCUUUCCUCCGAUUUCUCUCUGGGUCCCCUACGGCCCUUCUGCGCGCCGUCUAGAGGAGGAGGACGUGGGGCCGCGGCGCGCAGCAUGGAGUGGGGUUACCUGUUGGAAGUGACCUCGCUGCUAGCCGCCUUGGCGCUGCUGCAGCGCUCGAGCGGCGCCGCCGCCGCUUCAGCCAAGGAGCUGGCAUGCCAAGAGAUCACGGUACCGCUGUGCAAGGGCAUCGGUUACAACUACACCUACAUGCCCAACCAGUUCAACCACGACACACAAGAUGAGGCGGGCCUGGAAGUGCACCAGUUCUGGCCCCUGGUGGAGAUCCAGUGCUCCCCCGACCUCAAGUUCUUUCUGUGCAGCAUGUACACGCCCAUCUGCCUGGAAGACUACAAGAAGCCUCUGCCGCCUUGCCGCUCGGUGUGCGAACGCGCCAAGGCCGGCUGCGCGCCGCUCAUGCGCCAGUACGGCUUCGCUUGGCCUGACCGCAUGCGCUGCGACCGGCUGCCUGAGCAGGGCAACCCCGACACUCUGUGCAUGGACUACAACCGCACCGACCUCACCAUGGAGCAGCACGUGCGCUAUGAGACCACCGGUCCCGCGCUGUGCACGGUGGUCUUCCUCCUUGUCUAUUUCUUUGGUAUGGCCAGCUCCAUCUGGUGGGUAAUCCUGUCGCUCACGUGGUUCCUGGCGGCUGGCAUGAAGUGGGGCAACGAGGCCAUCGCGGGCUACUCACAGUACUUCCACCUGGCCGCGUGGCUGGUGCCCAGCGUCAAAUCCAUCGCGGUGUUGGCGCUCAGCUCCGUGGACGGCGACCCGGUGGCGGGCAUCUGUUACGUGGGCAACCAGAGCCUAGACAACCUGCGCGGCUUCGUGCUAGCCCCACUGGUCAUCUACCUCUUCAUUGGCACCAUGUUUCUGUUGGCUGGUUUCGUGUCGCUGUUCCGAAUCCGCUCUGUCAUCAAGCAGCAAGGAGGCCCAACCAAGACGCACAAGCUAGAGAAGCUCAUGAUCCGCCUGGGCCUCUUCACCGUGCUCUACACGGUGCCUGCCGCCGUCGUUGUCGCCUGCCUUUUCUAUGAGCAGCACAACCGUCCUCGCUGGGAGGCCACUCACAACUGCCCAUGCCUUCGGGACCUGCAGCCUGACCAAGCGCGCAGGCCGGAUUACGCGGUCUUCAUGCUCAAGUACUUCAUGUGUCUGGUGGUUGGCAUCACGUCGGGCGUGUGGGUCUGGUCCGGCAAGACUCUGGAGUCCUGGCGCGCGCUGUGCACCCGCUGCUGCUGGUCCAGCAAGGGCGCAGCAGUAGGCGCGGGAGCCGGAGGCAGCGGCCCGGGGGGCGGCGGUCCCGGGCCCGGUGGGGGUGGGGGACCCGGCGGAGGCGGGGGAUCUCUUUACAGCGACGUCAGCACCGGCCUGACGUGGCGAUCUGGCACGGCCAGCUCCAUGUCUUACCCUAAACAGAUGCCAUUGUCCCAGGUCUGAACCCUGAGCGGACGCCCAGAAGGGGCGGAGAGGGGUGGGGGAUGGGGAGCCCGAGGGCGGCUAAGGGACCCCAGACAGGCCGGGGUUCCCACCCCUUCACCGUGUUGAUUGCUAUUAGCAUGAUAAUGAACUCUUAAUGGUAUCCAUUAGCCGCUGGGACUUAAAUGACUCCCUUAGAACAAAGUACCUGGCAUUGAAGCCUCCCAGACCCAGCCCCUCCCCUCCGACGCUCCGGAGCGCCUCCCUGAGGCAACGGUUUCAGUCUGCUAGGAGAGUUGGAACCCUCCUGGGUACCCUGGCUGAGCCUUGAGGUCAAGCUGCAGACUUCACCGGAGGGACGGCUUCACCCUCAACUCCGCCUGCAUAAAUUCACUCCUCACACCCUGGAGGAGGGACGACUGCUACCUUGUGGGAUUGCACGGUUUGGGUAUUCUUAAUGACCAGGCAGAUGCCUUAAAUAAACAAGAGAUGUCUUAAUUAUACACCCCAAGUAAAUACGGGUUUCUUACAUUAGAGGAUGUAUUUAUAUAAUUAUUUGUUAAAUUGUAAAAAAAAAAGAAAAGAAAAAGUGUAAAAUAUGUAUAUAUCCAAAGAUAUACAACGUGUACAUUAUUUGUAAAAAGUUUAGAGGCUUCCCCUGUAAGAACAAAUAUAAGUAUUCUAUUUUGUCAAUAAAAUGACUUUUGAUAAAUGAUUUAAAUACCACCCUGUCCCCCGAGUCUUCUGAACUGUCCCCCUGAUGCUUGCUGAGGACAUGUGGGGAAAUGGACAUUUUCUGGCUUGCCAUUCUGUACACUGACUUUAGGCAUGGACACAAUUACCUGUUAAUCUCUAGUUCUUAAACUGUUAGCAAAGUAAAUGUCAUUGUUGAAUUGAAAUCAAAAUCGCGUUUUUGCACCUUCCCCAAAGAUGGUGUUUUUCAUGGUCUCUCUUUGCUGACCCGUGAGUGACAGCUCAUCUUGGCAUGUGUGGCGUGAGUGGAUGGACAGUUUGCAAAGGCUGCCAUUCCACCCAGCCCGUUUAUUUGGCUGGUAUAAUGUCGUUUAAUUUGAAACAGCAGCCCUACUUGAUUGAGUAUCUCCUGUCUGUGAUUUUUGAAAGUCCUGACCUUUUACAGACGUGGCCACACUCUAAACUUUGGAGGUUAGUAUUUGAAGCCACGGGUCAUCUCUACUCUGUAAGUCACUUCACAAUCUGGUGUAGCAGGGCAGGUGCUAGCUAACAGAUUAAACGAAUGGGUUAACUUCUUAA